AUGGGUGUCAGUAAUUUUGCAUCUGUGUGUUCCAAAACACCACUACCUUUAUGUUCCAUCCUCAAAUCUAGUACACAUUUAAUUCUUUCAAAUUCUACUCUAAUUCAUGAUUUUGAUCCAAAACAUUUAAAUGUAGGUAUUUUACCUCGUUGUUAUGCGAGAUCUGUUGAUUUAGCCAACACGGUCAUAUUUGGAGUUGGAAAUGCAUUUAUUAAUAUCGGAGCAUUAGGUGUCAUAUUAAUUAUUAUUUAUAACAUUAGACAAAAAUAUACUGCCAUUGGACGAUCCGAGUAUCAGUACUUUUUUCAAUUAACUUUAUUGUUAAUAAUAUUCACAUUAGUAGUAGAUUGUGGUGUUUCUCCACCAGGUUCUGGAUCGUACCCAUAUUUUGUAGCCAUACAGAUUGGUUUGGCAGGUUCCUGUUGUUGGACUUUAUUGAUUAAUGGGUUUUUAGGUUUUAAUCUGUGGGAAGAUGGUACGAUGAAAUCAAUGUUAUUGGUGAGAGGUUUCUCAGCUUUAGGAUUUAUUGCAAAUUUCUUAGCCUCCAUCUUAACUUUCAAGUCAUGGAUAGAAGAUCACGGUGUAGCUAAUAUCAAUACUACUGGUAUGUUUGUAGUAGUUUAUGUCGUGAAUUGUAUCAUACUAUUUAUUUACACCAUUUGUCAAUUGUUAGUAUCACUUUUCAUUGUUAGGAAUUUUUGGGUUACAAGUGCGAUUGCGUUGGGAGUAUUUUUCUUCGUAAUGGGUCAAAUAUGUGUCUAUGCUCUUUCCACUCAAAUUUGUGAAGGGGUCAAGCAUUAUAUCGAUGGAUUAUUCUUUGGAAGUCUCUGUAAUGUUUUUACCUUAAUGAUGCUGUACAAGAUAUGGGAUAUGACUACAGAUGAUGAUCUAGAGUUUAGCGUAAGUGUUAAUAAAGAUGGUAAUGUGGUUUACGAUAAUUCAUUUAGAUAA